AGAAGAAAUACAUGCAGCUGCAGAUGGGACCUUCCGGCAUUUAAGAGAGUUGCACCUUUACGGGAUGCGGAAGCUGAUGAAUCUUGGAGAUGAUAGUUUCGGACCAGCAAGCCUAUAUUUUCCAAAAGUGGAAAUUCUGAAGCUACAAGAGUGUGACAUCAUAAAGAAUUUAAGAUCAUCUGCAAUAUCCUUCAUCUAUCUAACAACUCUGCAAGUGAUUCGUUGUAAGGGAUUGAAAUACUUAAUAUCUUUCUCCAUGGCCAAAAGUUUGAUGCAACUCACAAAACUAGAAGUUCGUGAUUGUGAAGAAAUGAUAGAAAUAGUUGCCAGCAGUGGAAAUGAUGAUGCAAGAAAUGAGAUUGAAUUCAAGAUGUUGAAACAUUUGGAACUGUCUGCUCUACCUAGUCUGAGAGGCUUUUGCUCCGGAACUCACACUGUCAAAUUCCCGUCCUUGGAAAAUUUAUGGAUGACUGGUUGCACUCAACUGGAGGGAUUCAUCUUUGACCCUACAGAUCAAAGUACACUUGGCAACGAUAUCGAAGACGCCAACUCAAAUGAAAAAAUUGACACUGGAGUAGUGCAACGAUUCCUUUUGAACAACAAGGUUGAACUACCGAGGUUGAUGAGCUUGUCACUCGAGGGUCUAACAAAGUUGACCGCAAUAUGGCACAAUCAACUAUCUGAUAACUCUUUUGACGGUGAAAAUCUAAACUCGGUAGUAAUUGAUUCUUGUAAGAGCUUGAAAUAUAUAUUUCCAGCGACCGUGGCCAAAAGACUUCAGAGGUUAAGCAAGUUGACAGUGAACGAGAGUGGGGUGGAGGAAAUCAUUGCAAUCGAAGAAGAACCACAAACAAUACCAUUGUUUAUUUUCUCAAAAGUCACCUGUGUGAAUUUCACAGAACUGCCCAAUCUUACAAGUUUCUAUCCGGCCAUGCAUGCUUCCAGUUGGCCAGCCCUUCAAGAGUUGGCGGUUGUUGGAUGUUACAAAGUGGAGAUUAUGGCUGAGGCACUUGCUAGCUUUCAAGAGAAAUAUGAGUCAAGCCUGUCCACUCCAACUAAACAAACUCUCUUUUCGAUUGAGAAGGAUUCUUUCCCCAGCUUGGAAGACUUGACACUAUGCAGCAUGGAGAGUUGGAAUGGUCCACUACCAGUCCACAUCUUUAGAAAACUAAAGUCCCUUGUGGUUUGUUGUCCACAGUCCAAGUCAGUUGUUUUCCUUGACAAAUUACUCGACGAAGGAAACUCUAGUACUACUACUAGUAUUAGGGAAAGAGAUGAUGCAGUUCAGAACGGGACCCUUCCAAAUUUAAGAAAGCUGCAACUUUGGAAAAUGGGCAACCUGAUGCAUCUUGGAGAGGAUAACUCACAAUCAUCCCCCCGCAUCCCAAAUUUUCCAAACCUGGAAAUUCUAGACGUGCAGGGUUGUCACAGCUUAAGGAAUCUGAGAUCAUCCACAAAAUCCUUCGACAAUCUAACAACUUUGCAAGUAAGUGUUUGCAACGGGUUGGAGUACUUGAUAACAUACUCCAUGGCCAACAGCUUAACGCAACUCACAACAUUGGAAGUCGAGGACUGCCCAAGACUGGUGCAAAUAGUGGGAAGCAAUAAAGACCACGAUUCAAGAAAUGAGAUUACAUUCAGAAGGUUGAAACAUCUGAAACUAUCUGCUCUACCCAGAUUGCAAAGCUUUUGUUCCGGAAAUUGGCUUGCUAAACUCCCGUCCUUGGAAACUUCAACCAUGAGCAACCGCCUCAAAUUGAAGAUUUUCGCAGCUGACGACCAAUCGUUACAGCUAACAAUCGAAGAGGAAGACACAGAUGUUGAUUACUACGUGGCGAGGUACCCUGCUGAGGAAUGAGGAUAGUACUGAUUUCGUAUCUUAACCAUAUUUCACUACUCCACUACUCCACCUUGCUUCCAUUGCUCGUAUCUUAUGAUCUGACUGCAGUGGUAGAUUGUACACCAAAGUGUGUGCAUUCGUGGCCGGGUUAAAAUUAACUUAUGGCAUGGGCUAUGCGCACCAAGUGUAAGAAAAUGAUUGUGUGGGGAAUUUGUUGCAUUUCAAUUCUUAUGCUUCUAUUGCUUUACAUGUGUAUUAGUUUCUUUCUACUUGCCAAUAAAGGAAGAACCAACAACAUGACAGAAGAGAACAGAGUGAUUCAUAUUGGAGCUCUCCCCAUUGUUGUGUAACCGAGAGCUAUGGAGCUUAUUUUUGUUUUUCUUUCAGCUUAAUAUGUUACUGUAAUUGCUGAUCUGGGAAUCUUCAUUUGUUAGCUGCAUUUGCACUUUGUCUUUUUGCUUAAUUGACUGUUAAUGAGGCUUCUAGAAAGAAGGAAGAAUAAGUUUGGAUUCAGUGUCUCGGUGAUUUUACUUGCAUGUAAUCCUG